CUUUAAAAAUGCCACUAUUGUUGCAUAAAUGCUGUUCUAUUCGUUUACCCUUCCUGUUCAGCGGCACCCAAUCAUUCUCAUUAGCUACAAUAAUUCUGGUUGGUAUUCUUCUAGCUGGACAGAUUGGUUUUAGUUCAGCUCUAAAAUGUUAUCAAGGAACACAAGGGUAUCAAUUGGCCAUUAGUGGCUCCCCUACUGAUUGUGGAUAUACGUCAUUUUCGUGCAUCAAGGUUGUCGAUUAUAGCCAGGGAACAGUAACGCGCUCUUGUCAGUCUGUCAAUUGUACAAUUGCUGGAACUAUGACAAUGACGCCGAACUCAGUAUGUCAAAAUACUUCAACUUAUCCUGUUACACAGACGUUCUGCUGCUGCUAUGGUGAUGGAUGCAAUUCAGCACUGGGAAACAGAAUGAAGAAUUCAUUGGGGAGUGUAACAAUGUUUAUACUAACAAUGAUAUCUUUGACGUUUUUAGGGUUCGGUUUCAGCCCUAUUUUAAAAUAUUAA